AUGUAUCUGAUCUAUCAUCCUGUGAAAGUGGCUCAGGUUCUGAGCAGAUAUUUGUUGACCCAAGAGUCUUUCAACUCUUCCUAUUCCACAGCCUUCACAGCAUCCCUGCAAGUCCCUGAGUCACACACACGACGAGGCUUAUCCCCACAGCUCAGCCACAAGGCUCAUGAUCGUGAGAAACGCUGCUCCUGUGAAAACCUGAAGGACAGGGAGUGUGUGUACUUCUGCCACAUUGGAAUUGUUUGGGUCAACACACCCAGUCAAGUGAUUCCAUAUGGUCUUGGAUUCCUCCAAAUGCGCCUAAGAAGACAUUUGGAACGAUGCUUUUGUGCAAACAAGAGAGACACAGAGUGCAUGAAGUUCUGCUCCCACAGAGAUGAAAAUACAACCCUGAAGUCCUCUCCAAGAAUAUUCAAAAAACAAUAUAAAGCUAAAGUGAAACAGAGGAGAAACACUUACUGAGGAAGUGUGAGGAAUGUGAAGAAGACUAUAUGUGUUUGCACUCUUUACAGA